AUGGAUAGGGGUUGCAUACGCACCACAAACGUCGGACUCAAGUGUGAGCACUUUCUUCUGUUCAGACGUGGGAAUUUAAAUGUAUUCUGUGUUCGUCGUUGGAGCGGUCGUAAGACGAUCGCCUCACGUGUGAGAUAUUCGGAGUUCAAGCCUCCUGCACGACAACGGAUAUGCACUGCUGAGUGCCGACCGGGUAGCCUUAACGUUAGUCUGGGUGAGCUAAGAGUUCAGCAACUCCAGACAGGGCUAACCACCCCGUUUGGUUUCAAUGUGCUGGUUACUUUCGACAAUGUGUACUACGAAUCAUCUGGUGCCACCGCACCAGGUCCAACCAGUACACAGGUGAGACUUGUUGGGUUCACUUUUGAGGAAUGCAGCAAAUGCGGCAAAUCGAAAGCUGGCUUGGUGGCCCACCAUCGAGUUCACGACUAUGAUAGAGUUGGUACGAACAAAGUUGCCACAUUGGCCUGUGCUAAUUGUUCCCGCCUUUUUCCGACGAAGAUUGGCCUAAGUCUACUUUGCCGGCACGCACGCCCCACCAAGCAUAAUGCAGAUAAGCUUGGCCGAGUGAAGUAUUCCGGUACCCGCUGGUCCAAACAAGAGUCACAAUCGCUCUUACUCCCGGUUAACAAUUUAAAUCCUUCUUGUGGCACACAAAUGGCACUGUUCGCGAGAUUGGAGCAGUAUUUUCCUGGUCGAUCGGCUAUCAGCAUCAAAAACAGGUUAUGGAUGCUUAACUGGCGAACACUACAGGACGAAUCAUCUGGUGAACCUGAGCAAACUAUCGGUCAGACGACGGCCUACUCAUCAGAAGCCUAUGACUACAGCAUCUGGUCCAGACAAACAGUGGAUUGCACCGUGUCACUCUUGGAACCCCAUGCUGACAGUUCGCUUGCCAGUGUUGACUUUCUGGCAUUUUCCCAAGGGCUGCAGUCUGGCACCAUGACACCGGAGCAAGUCCUGUCGCUCUGGACCUCCCUGUCUCCAGGGCAUUUCCACACACCUGAAAGACUGUAUACCGACGCUGACCUCGGUUACCCAUCGGAUCCCGGUCAACCGAAAGCAGAUCCACCGAGCCACCUGCACCGCCAUCCAGACCGUAUACCACCAAAGAUGGAGCGAUGCAGCGUCUGUUAUGCUCGAUGGGUCAUGGAAUGA